GGUCGGCAGAAGGACCCAAAACUCAUUUUUAACCACAAAUACGAGUAUUUUGCAUGACGUAACAUUAAGGCAAAUGGUAGUUAUAGGAUUGAGUUUUGUCUGCUUCUUUGACAGUCUCGACAAAUUUCAGAGAGAGGGCUAAUAAUUUUCUGCUCACCAGAUGUCGCUAGUUGACAUUAAGGUAAAAGUUUUUUGUUACAGAAUGUCAUUUAAUUGAGAAGUUAGUUUUUGAUAACUGUUUAUCAGUUUCUAGAGUAUUAUAUUAAGACACAAAACAAUGCAUUAGUGGUUUGUACUUUAUUUUUUUGUCAUAUUUUUAACUUUUAAAAAAAUCUGCUUUUAUGAAUAUCUGUGAUUUGGUUUAUUUAUCUUUAAUCUUUUUAAUAUAAAAUAUAGCUAAUAUUGCAGAAACAAAUAUUACCCUUUACAUUUUUCGAAAAAAUUUACUUUCCCGCUAUGAAAUCUGUCGAAUAUAAUACCUCACUUUUAAGUGUCGCCGCCCUGGUGGCAGAAAAGUCGUGGAAGCCCUCAUUCUGAUUCGACCUUCGCCAUGACUAGAAAUGUAGGUUUAUUCUAUUAUAAAUGAAAAGAGCUGUACUAUCACCUUUCUCUUUAUUUCAUAAACGAAACAUUUUUAACUAACUAUUCUUAUAAAGAAAGUAUAUUAUACUUACUAUAAAUUAAAUUUGCAUUCAGAAAUUCUUUAUUAUAAACAAAAGGAUAUCAUAAAAUUGCCCGAUUUAAAAUUCUAUGUCUAAAAGCAAAUUUCAUGAAAUGUUUUAUUAAUAUUGGCAUUUUACUAUAGAAAACUAUAUGGAUUAAAAUUCUAAGUAUAUUCUUAGACUAAUGUGAAUUUGGUCUAAAUUUAUUACUUUUUUAGCAAUCGAUUUAAAAAGAAUCAUAUAAGAGGUAGAGAGAAGGCCUAAGUCAAGAAAUUAUUAUUAAAAUAGUAAAUUAGAUAACUAGCCUAAUCUAUUCCUUAUCACAUUUGAUUUUCGAAUAAAAGAUAAUUCAAAAACAUUACGUGUAAAGCCUACAUUUUAUUGAAUAGAUACAAAUUAUUUUUCUAAAUGCCAUUGAGUUUGUGAAAUUGAAAUCUUAUUUUCAAGCUAUUACAAAAUGUGCAGAAAAAAUUUUUAGAAUUUUAUUCCAUGGUACACAUUUUAUGCACAUGGUGUUUCUUAUGUGCAUAAAAUGUGUUUUCUCUAAAAAUAUAAUCCGAAAAUUAUUAUUUUAGUUAAAAAAGUAUUACAAAAUUUAGCUCCUCAUAAAUCAUAAUACAAAGUACGCCGAAAUUAUAUAGAAAGUUAUAUAAAUUAAAUAUCAUUGAUUAAACCUUGACUCGUAAUUUAGUAACAACACAUGAACAUUAAUAUUUCAUAAUACUGGCGAAUUCAACAACAUUAAUAUAAAAAUCAAGCAGCAAUAACUUCAUUUUAACAAUACCUACAACCACAGUUAUUAUUACGAAUAUUCACAAUAAACGCGAUUGAAAGCAAAGUUUAUAAUUUCUUAGAUUCUACUUUAUAUUCUUUUGUUAUUUAACUUAAGGAUCAGGAUCAUGACCAAUAAAAAAUUGAUAAAAUACUACGUACACUUUAAGUGACGAAAGAAACCAAGCUGAAACCAUAUUUAACUAACAACAUGCACACUGCGCACAUGCAUACAAAAUCAUUUGCAUAGGUGCAUAUGUGUGCAUCCAACGGUGGACUUUUACGGGAAGUUAAAGAAUAAAGAAGAAACAUGUUGGUGUAAGUAAGCAAGAAAUAAAGCGCGGUCUCUAUAUAUCUUUCUUUCUUGAUCUGAGGAUUUGAUUUCGACAGGAUUCACUAACUUAAAUUAGUCUAUGACAAAAAUUACAAAAUAAGAUCCUUAAAUCAUGAAAUCAAGUAAUUAAUCAAUAGCCAAUUGCCUAAAUGAGCCAUCUAUACCGAAGAGUUCGUCGUAGUUAGUUGGUUUUCCAGGUCUAAGGCUUUCAUUAGCCUUAACUGACUCCUGGGAUUGGAACCAUUCACGGUAGUCUAUUAGCUUCUGUGUCCACUGAUCUGAAACGGUAGAAGUAUAAAUUAAUAUGUACAUAAAUCAUCGAGCGCAGUGCUAUUAAUAUUACUAAUAUCGGAAAUAUUAUUAUAUCUGUGUGUGUGCGUGCGUGCGUGCGUGUGUAUGUGUAUGUAUGUAUGUAUGUAUGUGUGUGUGUAUGUGUGUGUGUGUGUGCACGCGCGCGCGCGCGCGCGUGUGUGUGUGUGUGUGCUUUGUGGCAUUCCUUGGGGGAGACUUAUGUUCAGCAGUGGACUUGUUGAUGAUGUGUGUAAGAAUAUUCACUACUCCAUAUCGUCCCGUAGAUGUCGUAAGUCACAACAGAAGUAAACGUAAACAGGAGUUGGACAGCAGAACUUUCCUGAUUUACGGUUGCCAAAGUAGCGUGCUAAGCGUGGCAACUAUGGCAAAAUCCAUAUAUACACAUGUAUACAAAAUACCCGUACCGACGAACGUUGCAGUGUCAAAGACGUAAAACAUCUUGUACUGUGAUCGUUAAGCCGCCAGCCAAGCAUGCCGAAUAAGCGCGGGGUAGGGAGCAUUUUCAUUAUUGAGAAUGAAAACGAAUCUAUGUGCUAUGUAAAACGUCUCCAUUAUACAGUAGCCUAUAGUAUGAAUAAUAUAUACAUUAAAUUACCUUGAAGUUCCUCCAUGGUACCGCACUGACCACCGUAUUCCUUCGGCAUCAUUUCUUGAGGAACAUACUUGUACAAAUCCUUUAAUUCUUUAUGAAUAAAGAUCUGAAACAGUAAAGUAAAGAGAAUAGAUUAUAUUGAUCUGUUUAAGUGUGACAAACGAGCCCACAGUCCAACUGAUGGUAAGUAGAUGCUGUGGCUUAUAAAUAUCUUCAUUUAUCCUUCUUAAGAGUCAAAAUGCAGAUGUAAAAUUAUCCCUGAGGUAUGAGAAAUUCCCCGUUGAAGUAAAUAGUGUCUUCAGUUCUCUUCACCAUACGAAACUGGUAUUCUGUAGAGUGUGGCUCUUUUUCUGGUCAAGCCGAGCAAUUCGUGUUGCAAUCAUAAUACAGAUGCAGCGUGAUAGUAGUUCAUAAAAACCUAUUUACUAUAAUAUAUACUAUAAUAUUUUAUUCUUUUUUUUUUUUUUUUAUAGGAGAGGGGGCAAACGAGCAUGCGGCUCACCUGAUGGUAAGUGACUACCGCCGCCCAUGAACAACCGCAACACCAGGGGAAUUGCAGAUGCGAUGCCGGCCUUUUAGAAAGGUUUCUUGAAGGUUCCUAAGUCGUAUCGGUCCGGAAAAUUCGCUGGUGGUAAUUGAUUCCACAAGGAAGUUGUGCGAGGGAGAAAACUUCUUCUAAAUUGCACAGUGGUGGACCGCCAAUAAUCCAGAUGGUAUGGAUGGUAACGCGAGUUUUGUCGCGAUGUGCGAUGGUGAAAUUGAGCGGCUGGAAUUAGUCCGAACAAUUCCUCAGAGCACUCCCCGUGAUAGAUGCGAUAAAAUACGCAAAGAGAUGCAACAUCUCUACGCAGUGCCAGUGUAUCGAGCCUAUCAGAAAGAACUCGGUCGUCGACGAUUCGAACCGCUCUACGCUGGAUGCGGUCAAGUGGAAGGAGCUGGCACUGGGGUGCCCCGGCCCAGAGAUGAGAACAGUAUUCCAUGUGGGGCCGAACAUGCGCUUUGUAAAGUUGCAAGCGAUGUGCCGGCAUGAAAUACUGUCUCGCUCUGCUGAGCACGUCAAGCUUUUUAGAGGCGAAUUUGGCCUUCCCUCCCAAGUGACCACGAAACUGCACGUCACUCGAUAUGUCGACGCCGAGGAUUCCGAUACUGGCUGAGGGGUAACAAGGGGAGUACCUUGAAACUGAGGAGAUACGACAAAGGGGUUCUUUUUAGCUGUAAACGCGCAAACUUGUGUCUUCUGAGGAUUAAACUGGACUAGAUUUAGUCGCCCCCAAUCCGAGACUUUGUCCAGUAAAGACUCGACGUCAGACACAAGUUUGUUCCGGUACUCGGCAACGUUUCCCCGAGAAAUAUUGGCACGGCCGGUAUAUAAGACGUCACCAGUGCUGUCGUCUGCAUAGCAAUGAAUGCUACCAGUUAGCAACAUAUCAUUGAUAUGCAGGAGAAACAGCGAUGGUGAUAGCAGUUGACACUGAGGUAAAGUUUUUAGUUACACAAUGUCAUUUAAUUGAGAAAUUGGUUUUUAAUAAAAGUUUAUCAGUUUCUAGAGUAUUAUAUUAAUACACAAAACAACGCGUCAGUGGUUUGCUCUUUAAUUAUUUGCGCAUUUUUAACUUUUUUUUAAUUUUUCUACUUUUAUGAAUAUUUGUGGUUUGGUUUAUUUAUUUUUAAUCUUAUUAAUAUAAAAUAUAACUAAUAUUAAAGAAAUAAUAACGUUUACGUUUUUUAAUUACGUUUUCCGAACAAAUUAACUUCCCCGCUAUGAAAUCUGUCAAAUAUUAUACCUCACUUUCUAGUGGCGCCGUCCUGGUGGCAGAAAAAAUCGUGGAUGCCCUCAUUCCGUGAGAGCGUGGUCCAAUGGCCCAUUCGUGCUACAGUCAUAAUAUAGCUGCUGCGUACCACAUACAACGGUUACGGAGAGAAGAGUCCGUGACCGUUUUACAUCGUCGUCGUCGUUAGACGUCUAGUACAACGAUUAUCAAUUAAUUCGCUUGUCUACCGUGAGGAUUAAGUCAAACCGUUCUUAAAACGGCAAAGCGAGGGAGGUCCUGCAGUGGACCUUUAUUAGCGGAAGAAAUAAAAGUAGAUUUCUUUUUUAUUUUUUUAUUUUUUUUUUUAGAUGAAAAAACGUUACCCCCACACUAGGAUUUUCUCCUGUGUCGUGGAGGCAGUUUACAAACAUAAAUUGCACAAGGACAAACAUCCAGACCCGGAACAAUUGUUUGUAGGCCAUACAAAUACUUGUUCCGUGCGGGAUUCGAACCCGCGGCCCCCAACGCAGCAACUGAUUGCUAAGCCACUGCGCCACGGAGCCGUCUAUGUAGUCACUGCGCCACGGAGCCAUCUAGUAGAUGAUUUAUUAAAAUCGUUUUUAAUCUUUAAAUGGUUUUCAUACUACAUAAUUUCGCAUGUUGCACCAUAUUAUUCAAGCAGGUGCGUUUUACUAUCUACCACUGCAACACACACACACCAGGUGGGAAAAUAUUCAAGAGCAUUUUAUAGUAAAAUUAAUGUUAAAAUAUAUUUUCAGGUCAAUCCAACAUUAACGCAAGAGCAGCUCAUAUCUUAUUGUAGAAGUGUUGAUAUUGACGUCAUGUCAUACAGCCCGUUUGGUUUUAUGGUGUCCAGAAGAAAAGAAAACAAGCUUUCACCCAGAUUCGAUGAUCCGGAGUUGACGAAAAUUGCCGAAAAAUAUGGAAAAACUACAAGUCAAGUCGUACUCCGUUAUUUGAUUGACCGAGGAACCAUUCCGAUACCGAAAUCGACAAAUAAGGAGCGAAUAAUUCAAAACAUCGACAUAUUCGAUUUCAGUUUAACCGAAGACGAAAUUGCUAAUAUAAAUAAGUUUAACAAGAAUAUAAGAGUUGUAGAUAUUGUUGAAUGGAGAGAUCAUCCUUACUAUCCGUUUAACAAAGCCUAAGAAGUCAGACCACGACUGUCUCACAGUAAUAAAUUACAUAUUU